UUGCUAGCUAAUCUUGCUGUAUUUUUUUAUUUUUGUUGGUUUUAAUCACCAUUAAAAAUGAAUAAAAUAGAAUUUGAGGAGCAUCUCAUUAAUAGAGAGAUAAUAGCCUUUGUCCGGUCAAACCCCCUAUUGUGGCAGAAGCGUGUGAAAAUUGACAAGAAGAACAAGGACACAAUCAGUCAAGCAUUUUCGCAGAUUGGCUCCCUAUUAUCAGAGCCACUGACAGGUGAUGCGGUUUCAACUCGGUGGAAGAGUCUCCGAGACCAGUAUUCAAGAGAAAUGCGCAAGGUGACUGCCAGUCAACCCCGUUCUGGUGCUGGAAAUGAUGAACCGUCCUACAAGCCAACGUGGCCCCUCUUCAGUGAUAUGUCAUUCCUGAAGGAUGUCAUCAAACCAAGAAAAACGCAGUCAAAUGUCAGCAGAAAAAAAUUCAAAUCAUGUGAAGACACAAAAAUCGAGAUAGCCAAGUAAUAGAGAUAGAGGAAAGCCAAAUAGUAGAAGAAAGCCAAGUAGUAGAAGAAAGCC